UGGAUCUUCUUGCUAUCUCAUCAGUCGCAAAACAACGACGAACCAACAACUCCAAUAGCGCAGCCAACAUGAACGCUAAGCUUCUCAUCGUGUUCGCCCUCGUGGCGGCAACCUUGGCCGAAGAGCAAGCCGUUGAAACGAAGAAGGACAAACGUGGAAUCUAUGGAGGAUACGGAUACGGAGGAUAUGGAUACUCUAGUUACGCGGCACCGAUCAGCCAGGCGGUCUCGGUCGUAACCAAGGAAGUGCCAGUCCCUGUACCACAUCCUGUCGCUGUACCCGUCGAGAAACACGUCCCUGUCCCGGUUAAGGUACCGGUCGCCGUCCCGGUCGAUCGCCCCGUCGCCGUCCCUGUCCCUAAACCGUACCCGGUCGAAGUGACCAGACACGUUCCAGUCCCAGUUGAGAGGCCAGUUCCGGUCCCAAUCAAGGUUCCGGUACCGGCCCCUUACGCCGUCAAAGUGCCCCAACCGUACGCCGUUCCAUACGUGAAACAGAUACCGGUGCCCGUGGUGCAACCUGCAGUCGUGAUCGAGAAGUACAACCACGGCGGUUGGCCAAGCGGCUACUCCUCCUGGUAAACGAAACC